UUCAGAGCUAUAAGAUUUCAACUCCGAGUCUCAGUCAGAGCCAAAUCAACCGAAAAAGAAAAGAUAGGAAAUAACCAUCUUUAUGCUUCUCAGUUGUUUUCUCCACUGUUCUUCACUUCUUGUAUGCCAACGCAAUAUUAUUUCAUUUCUUUUCAGUUCUGGUAUAUGCUUGCGAAAACCUUAGCAGAGGAGGCAGCUUGGAAAUUUGCAAAAGAGAAUUCAAUUGACUUUGUUACAUUAAAUCCAAGAUAUGUGAUUGGUCCUCUCUUACAACCAACUCUUGAUGAAACUGUGGAGAUGAUUCUCAACCUAGUAAACGGAGCAAAAACAUACCUUGAUGCAUAUUAUAGGUUGAUUGACGUUCGAGAUGUUGUUGUUGAACAUGUUCAAGCCCUUGAGAUUCCUCCAGCUAGUGGCAGAUAUUGUUUAGUUGCAGAUGAUCUCCACUUCUCUGAGCUUUUAAAGAUCAUUCAUAAGCAUUACCCCACACUGCAGCUUCUUGAAGAGACAUCAUUUCCCCUAUGCAAUUUGCCUUUGUGCCUAAUCGAAGUAUCCAAGACAACAUUCUGGUUGCUCACGAAGCUUUUCAUAGCCUCAAAUGUCGCAGGAGAGGGCUUCUUUGGAAGAAGCAAAUCAACUAAAAGAACUUCUGGAUGAUUUUUGUAUAGCUUCUGGGCAGAGAAUUAACAAGCACAAAUCUGAUAUUACCUUCAGCAGUAACACUCCUUACCAUAU